AUGCGCAGAGAUGUCCGCAUCCUUCUCGUGGGCGACGAGGGCGUCGGGAAGAGCACUAUAGUCACCUCCCUCAUCAAGGAAUCUUUCGUUCCCCGCGUCCAGCACGUCGUUCCAGAAGUUACCAUCCCACCAGAAGUCACGCCGGAGAAUGUGACCACAUACAUCGUGGACUCUGGCAGCGGGCCUAAUGACCAACAUCAUCUUGAAUCCGAAAUCCGCAAGGCGCAUGUCAUCUGCGUCGUAUAUGCCAUCGACAACCCGAACUCAUUCGACCGAAUACCCACGUAUUGGUUACCUUAUUUCCGGCAGCUUGGUGUUAAUGUUCCCGUAAUAUUGGUUGGCAACAAGAUUGAUCUUCGAGGUGGGGAGGUUACGAAUGAGGCCCUAGAAGACGAGAUUAUACCCAUCAUGAACGAGUUCAAGGAAGUCGAGACCUGCGUAGAAUGUUCCGCGAAGCUCCCCUUGAACGUGUCGGAAGUGUUCUACUUUGCUCAGAAGGCCGUCCUCCAUCCCACCGCCCCUUUGUACGACUCAAGAGAACAUGUCCUGAAGAAGGAAUGCGUGGCGGCGCUACGACGAAUAUUCAAGCUUUGCGACAUGAACAAGGACGGUCUCUUGGACGCUGCCGAACUCAACGAGUUCCAGCGGAAAUGUUUCGACGCCCCGCUGCAGGCUCAAGAGCUUGAAGGUAUCAAGGAGAUGGUCCGACAACAUGCUGAAGGCGGGGUCCGCGACAACGGGCUGACCGAGGCGGGCUUCUUGUACCUGCACACGAUCUUCAUCCAGCGCGGCCGAUUGGAGACAACGUGGACAGUGCUCCGGAAGUUCGGUUAUGGUGAAGAUCUCCGGCUCACGGAGAGCUUUCUGUAUCCUAAGUUCGAGGUGCCGUAUGAUUGCUCUGUGGAGCUGAGCCCGCUCGGGUACCAGUUCCUCACGGUCCUGUUCGAGAACCACGACAAGGAUCAAGAUGGCGCCCUCAACAAGGAGGAGCUAGAAGAGCUCUUCAGCACCUCUCCGGGGAACCCAUGGGCUGGCCAGAAGUUCCCUGACACGACUGUCUCCGACGACACUGGGGCAGUCACAUUACAGGGAUGGCUUGCACAAUGGAGUAUGACGACCCUCCUCGAACACCGCACGACCCUGGCUUACUUGGCCUACCUCGGGUACCCGGACGAGCCACGCACUACUGCACUGCAUGUUACUCGGCCGCGGAAAGCAGAUCGUCGGAAGGGCAAGUCAGCGCGUAAUGUCUUCUUGUGCUAUGUGUGCGGAGCGGCUGGCUCGGGCAAGACUUCUCUGUUGCGGGCAUUCGCCGGCAAGCCGUUCAGCCCGGUCUACGAGCCAACGAAGAAGAUGAACAGCGUUGUCAAUUCGGUGGACAUCGACGGCUCGGAGAAAUACCUCGUGCUCCAGGAGUUCGGCUCCAAGUACGAGGCAGAAACGCUUCGGAGCCCAAAGAAGACGGACCUCGCGGACGUGAUCGUGUAUGUGUACGACUCGAGCGACACCAACUCGUUCUCGUAUAUCAGCAAUCUCCGGCAACAAUACAGCCUGGACCACAUACCAACGCUGUUCGUGGCAACGAAGUCUGACCUCGACCUCGCGCUCCAGAGACACGAGGUGCAGCCUGACGUUUACUGUCGGCGUCUAUCGCUCCAAGCACCAAUCGCGGUGAGCGUGCGGACAGGGCAGACGGCGGACGUGUUCCAUGCCGUGUGCAGAGUUGCCAUGAACCCAAACUCCGCAAUACCGGGAGGCGCGGAUCGGGCGCUGUCUGCAGCAGCACGCCUGAGGACGUACAUCAAGAUUGCGUCCACAGUGGGCGGGCUCUCGGCUGGGCUGUACCUCGUUUAUCGGACAUUUGCACGGCCAGGGGGCGCGCAGGGCGGAUGGAGUGUGGGUUCGUGGCUCGCGUGGCUGAUCGGCGGCGGAGGUGGGGGUCGACGCGAGCUCUGACGUGAUGCUCUUCGCGUUCUUCGUGUAUUUUGGACGAUCAGCACAUUGC